AUGGAAGAAUUAUCAGUACCAACAACAUCUUUAUUUGUAUGCUCAUUAAGGCUUUACAUUACAAAUCAAUUUGUGAAAUAUGUUUUAGAAAAAGAAAAUGGUGAUCAACAGUCAAAAGAAUUAGUAAAAUCCUUCUUCAAAAAAUAUGAUCCUGAUCUACCAAACAUUGUUUCAAGGUAUUCAAAUAUUUUGGUAUAUGAUCCAUAUUCUUAUUAUUUUUGUAAGACAAAUGAAUCAUUAUUGUAUAUUUCAGACUCAUUAAAUAAAAUUAAUGAUACUUUUCCUGGAAACCUAGAGUCAAAGACUUUCGAGAAGGAAGUGCUAGAGGAGAUCCAAUUUCCAACGAACUUACGAUUCCCAGAGUUAAAGAAUUAUAUUCUAAAUUCAAAAAAUCCAAUGAUGUCUUGGACUUUGUUAAAUUCCAAAGGAUUACUCCUGGCAUUACUCUUCAGAACCAGGUACAUCGAUGAUUUCAUUGUCGAGAAAAUCAACGAAGGUUAUGAUCAAUUUGUUUUGUUGGGUGCUGGUCUAGAUUCAAGAGGAUAUCGUUUGCCAUUCAAAUCUGGAACAACCGUUUGGGAAGUUGAUUUCCCAGAGGUGUUGAACUACAAACAAUUCGUUCUCGAGAGUGUUAAAGAUGUCAUUCCAAAAGUAUCUCAAGCCAACAAUGUAUAUAUUACCAGUGACCUUUUAAAACCCCAAGAUUGGACAUCUCAAUUGCAAUCUACAGGAUUCGAUAGUAACAAAAAGACAAUUUGGAUUAUGGAGGGACUUCUCUUUUACAUUGAGAGGUCAGGUAUCUCAUUGAUUCUAAAUUCAGUUUCCAAAUUAUCUUCAUCUGGAUCUGGUGCAUGUAUGCAAAAUAUGUCAGCUGAUUUAACAGAAAAAGAAACAUUCAAUCCAAUGGUUUUGCUUUGUAGAAAGGAAAUGCGUUCAUUGAGCAACGACCCAUAUGAGUAUCAAUUGGAAAUGGGAUUUACAAAAGAUGUCAAAAUAUAUCAUGAGAGUCAGAUAGAAAUUCUCUAUAAAAUAAGUGAAGAGAAAAUAGAGAAUACAAAUAAUCAUAUUAUAAUUGCAUAUAAGCCUUAA